AUGAUUAGGGGCUAUGGUCUUCGUACCCCCAUUCAGUCCUAUUGGGAUACCUGGAACAAGUUGUCCAAGGGGUCCAAGAGCGUGGAUGAUUAUAACAUCGAUUUCAACCAGGCCAUGGUUAAUCUCCGUGAGGAGAUUACUGAUGAGGCUGUCAAGAUCGAAAGGUAUCGGUCGGGACUUCAGCCUGACCUGAGGGAGAUGUGUCGCACUAAUACUCCUGUUCCGAAAGGUGGGUUGGUUCGUCAGUUGCAGACAGAUCACACGUGGGCUGUUGUGCGAAGUCCUGAGAAGUUGCGAGUUCUGUUCCUUGCUUCUGUUUCUAACAAAGUGUCUUCUGAAGCAGGUCUGCUGACCAACAAGAUUCUCGCAGGGCUCCUCGCGGAAGGGCUCGGCUAA